GCAUCAACCAUUCCUGUCGAGUUCAUGACGCAGUACUACCGGCGUUUAGUUUCUCUUAGCACCCUUCUAUUCAUGCCCAGUCGCUCCUAGUACCAGUUGCUCAUGACACCAUAACACUGGCAUUUAGUGGUGAGAAGAGGAUGGGAAGAAUUUUGCCUUUGCUGUUGCUACUGUUACUGCUGUUGCUGUCACCUCAGCGGUUGCUGACUUCUGCAGCUGUUACACCCUCCAUUUUUGAAGCGUCAAUCCAUUCGUCGUCUCUUGCAACUCGGUAUUCGUCGUCGUGGUCGUCUUCGCCAUCUUUCUCACUGUUGUCGUCCUCACCAGCGCCGUGGUCUUUGCGAGCUUCACCCCCUCCGCUGUCGUCUUCUCAAAUCUAUCCACCACAGUUGUCGUCUUCGUUGGAGGCAGCGACGAGAAAGUCUUCAGUUAUCCGUCUUCCAAACCGCCUUGAAGAACACUUUACACGGGGUGACAGAAACGUCCCGGACGACACAUCCGGCCAAUAUUCCUAUGAUGAACAUUACGACUCAAACGACCAUACCUCUCAUAAACAACAUGAGCAAUAUACCCAGAACGACACUUCCAGACAAGACGACCUUAGUAAACAUAAUGGUCAUUACAACGACUACCAGAACGACCAGAGUAAGGCAUACUACCACUACAAUCAACAAGACAUGAACAACCUCGGCGACAGCAACGAGACGGACUAUAGGGAACGCCAGAACGGCCACAACACCCAAUACGACGGCUCCACGACUCUCUGGGAAACGGAGGAGGAGAAAGAAGAAAAGCAUAAGGAAGGGGGUGAGAAUGAAGAGAUCAGAAAACCACACCUAGGAGUGAGUAACACCCACGUCAGGGUGCACCUAGGGGAGAGUGCUACCCUCGACUGUUUAAUCUACGAACCUUCUGAUGAACCGGUGUCAUGGCUGCGACGUGUUGACGACGUGUUGGAACUCUUAACCUGGAGCACCCACACCUACACCAGUGACACCAGGUACUCGUUGAUCCGUGAGUCUGGAGACAGGUGGCGCAGCUGGCAGCUGGUGAUCCACGAUACACAGCUGGAAGACGAGGGCCAGUACUGUUGCCAGGUGGCUACCCAACCUCCGCUUCUGCUCUCUGCUACCCUCACUGUCAUUGAGCCACGGGCGCGUGUGGUGGAUGAACGAGGGCGAGACGUGGAGGAGAAACAUUACAACAGCGGCAGCAUGAUAGAACUGAAGUGUGUCAUCGACCAGGUGCCCUUCCCCUCCCGCACCGUCACCUGGCGUAGGGGAACCACCAUCCUGGUCUUCAACACUUCCAGGGGAGGCAUCAGUGUGAGGGGAGACGCCACCUGGGGCUACGUCAGGAGUCGUCUCUACAUAGCAGACACGACACCUGCUGACUCUGGCGUGUACUCCUGCUGGUACAGUAACUACACCAGCGACACCGUCACCGUUCACGUCCUUGCAGGUGAGAACUCUGCUGCGAUGCAGCACGAUGCAGCACCACCACCCAGCAGUGGGUCACCGAGCACCACCAAGAACCUGAUCACCACCUUCAUCACCUGCACUGCCGCCACCUGGACCACCAUCUACAGCUACAUAUGGCUCUCCACCUACAGUGCCUCCUGGUGUUCUACGUGACACUUACACCCUUACACAGACACACACACACACUGACACAUAUAUACCCUUCUUAAUGUUUGUAAUACAUAUCCUUUCGUAUUAUUAUUAUUAUUAUUAUUAUUAUUAUUAUUAUUAUUAUUAUUAUUAUGAAAAUGUUUUCAGUAUUCUCUUCUCAUUUCAAGAAUUUUCUCAAGAAAUUUGGAUUUUGUUUUGUGUUAUAUCUUGUUAUUUACAUGAACCUUGCAUUAUACUAAGUGGCCACUUUAUUAGGUACACCUGUACACUUUCUCGUUAAUAUCUAAUCAGCCAAUCACGUGACAGCACCUCAAUGCCUAAAAGCAAGCAGAUAUGGUCAAGACGUUCGGUUGUUUUCCCGAGCAAACUUCAAAAUGGGGAGAGAUGUUGGCUAAAUGACUUUGACCGUGGAAUGAUUGUUAAGACUUUACUUGGAUUUUAACCUUGGAUGGUUAGCCACCCAGGAUAACCCAAGUAAGGAAGUGGGUCAUCGAGGACUUAUUUCUAUUAGAGUCCUUCAAUCUUAUCCUCCAGGAUGCGACCCACAUCAGUCGACUAACACCGCGGUACCUACUUACUUUCUAACUGAACGGGGACAUCAGGUAUGAGAAAACAUGCCUAACAUAUCCACCAGGCCGGGAAUUGAACCACGGACACUGUGUGUACUCAUCUAGUUGUACUCGCCUAGUUGAGGUUACAGGGGUAGAGUCCUAGCUCCUGGCCCCGCCUCUUCACUGGUCGCUACUGUGUGAGGCGAGAGCGUUGCCUACCAGGCCAGGUGGUUUGUUGUGUAUCAGGUAACCCAUGCAAUCUUAGUCAUUAUUGGGAAAGUUCUGGUUUUUCAUGAUUUAGCAAUGGUGAAGUAGAGGGUGACAAGACACGAGCUGCCCUUCUGUACAUCAGUGGUGGCAAAUUAGUUAGGUUUCCUACCUUGUUUUCAGUGAAUUUAUUAUAACUGUAGCCUCAGUAGGAUUAGUUGGAGCUAGACAGAGUGAGUUUGGAGAACUUCCAGUAAGGUACUCACUCCCCUGGGCAUAGGAAGCUAGGAUUCUGCCGGCUAGACUUUAUCCUGUUGUAGAAAAGUAAUUAUUUGGUAUGUUAUGAUUAUAAUAAUUUAGUAUGUUGUCAGUUUCAGCAAGCUGGAUGUAAGGUUCAGUUGGUUUAAUUAGGACUAUAUCACUGGAGCAUUAUAUCUUAGUGUCCAAACAUUCAGCCUUACUGAGGAACCUCCAUGUAAACUUUACAGUAUAUGGCAAAGUGUCUGUUAAUAAUAAGAUAUCUGAAAUUUAGAAGCUGUAUCCCCAUUUUGCGACUGGAUGAAUGAACUGUGUUUAUAAAAACUGAAACCCAGUUAUGGUCAGUGUUUAUUUUUUAGUGGCAAUACGAUAUCAACUUUUUGAGAUUGUAUGCCUUAUUUUACUGUGUACAACAACUAUGUGAAGUAAUUGUAGAAUACGAAAAGGCUAAUAUUUCUUUUUAGUGAUGUAAAAAUGUUCGGUGGUGUCUAACAAAUACCCAUUGUAACCUCUGUA